AUAAAAAAAAGAAUUGCUCUCCUUGUUUCCCAUUUUAUUAUAAUUUAUUCAUCUGAUUUAGUUUUUAGUUUCCAUGUUAAAAUCAAGUAAAAUGAUUCACAGUUAUCUGCUUCGUUAGUUCUCUGUCUAGCUUGUAGUUUCCUCUAUUACACUCGACAUAAACCCUAUCUACCUACCUAUCAGCCCCGUCUUGUUUCUUUUUAUCUGCCUUUCCAUUUCCUUAAUCAGGGGGAGGAGAUUGUUUUGGUAAGAAAGAUGGUUAUUCAUGAGCAAGAGUCGGAUGUUAUUCAAUGGGGUCUUCGUCUUCUUGACGGGGACCCACCCUUUUAUUCUGGGUACUAUGGUGAAGCAAUAGUACAGAGUGAUGAUGGAUACCAUGGGCAUUAUGUGAGGGAUCAUUAUGAUAUUACGGACUGUAGCCAUGUAGAGAAUGAUGAGAUGAUUGCACGUACGUUGCAAGAAGAGUUUUCGCAGCUUGCAGUUACUGAAGAAAAUGGGUAUUCACAUGGUGGAGAAGAGCUUUCAGUUACUGAAGAAAAUGUGUAUUCACAUGGUGGAGAAGGUGGAGAGCAUUUGCAGACUUCUGUUGAUGAGCAUGAGUGGCAUUGUACACCGAUGGGGAACUACCGUUCAGACAAUGAGCGUAGUCAUGAAGAAUCAGAUGAUGCAGUACCCUCUAGUUCAUGCUCAAGUCCUGCUAAUGGAGAAGAGUAUUCCUAUUCACCAGAGUUUACUGAUGAAGAUGGCCUGGAUGAUGAAGUAGGCAAGAGGUUGAAUCAGUUGAUUCCAAUCCGUCAUGUUCCAAGAAUUAAUGGAGAAAUACCUUCAAGUGAUGAAGCAACAUCAGAUCAUGAAAGGCUUCUGAACAGACUGCAGUUAUUUGGCUUUGAAGAGCUUAAGGUUCAAGGGGAUGGAAACUGUCAGUUCCGUGCUUUAUCAGAUCAAAUAUAUAAUACACCUGAUCGCCACAAAAUAGUAAGACGACAGGUUGUGUAUCAGCUUAAAUCUCACCCAGAGAUAUACGAGGGAUAUGUUCCCAUGGAGUAUGGUGACUAUUUGAGGAAGAUGUCAAAGAGUGGUGAGUGGGGUGAUCAUGUGACAUUGCAGGCAGUUGCGGAUGCGUAUGGUGUGAAAAUACUCGUCAUGACUUCUUUCAAGGACACAUGUUACAUAGAGAUUCUUCCUGUCAGCCAAAAGCCAAAAGGAGUCAUUUUCUUGAGCUUUUGGGCAGAGGUACACUACAACUCCAUCUAUUUUCAAGGAGAUACAUCUAGUGAAUUCAGAAAGAAGAAAAGGUGGUGGAAUUUCGGGAAUAAGCACUAGAUAUAUUGCUGGUAAUCUGAGGACCCACCCUCUUCUCUUGCUGCUGUGCUUGCUAUUAUACAUAUGCACAUGCAGCCUCCUCGGUGCGAAACUUGUAUCUUCUCCUUCUAUAAACCAUACUUGUCCAGAUCAGUUAUUCUACCAGUGUAUUGUAUUUUUCUGGGAACGAUUUUUUUGUCUCAAAUUUUGCAUGCAUGCAUGCUUAGAAUUGCAUGUCAUAUCUUUCUCAAAUAACAGAAAAAAAUAAUCACAUGAGUAACACUGUUUAUUCUUUUAA